AAAUUGACAGCCCUGUUGACAUGUGGCACGAAUAUAAUUCGGUGAAUUUUUGAGUAUAUUAAAACGCACACCGGUAUGGAUACUGAGUUAAGCAAACUCUCUGAGUUGGAAGUUUCAACGACUAAGCUCCAAUGUAAAUUUGCAUCUGCAGAGCAGCCAAGCAUUGAUGACAGCCCCGAUGAUCUUCAGAAGCUACGUAUGGAAAAUAACAAGCUUAAGCUUCGCCUUAGCGUCAUUAAUCAGUCAAUAACGGACGAGUUAAAAAUGACGGGAGAUUCUCACUCUGAAGAUACUCUGUCUAUUACUGAGCACUUGGAAAAGAUCUUUGCACAAGCCAUAGCCACUGCAUAUCCUGCAUACAGUGAUGUGCCCGUGCUGGUUGCACCUGUGAAUAAUGUAUCAGCAAAAUUUGGAGAUUAUCAAUGCAACAAUGCCAUGGGUCUGGCCAAGCAGAUGAAAGAGAAGGGCAUUAGUAAGCCACCACGAGAAAUUGCAAUAGAGAUACUCAAGUGCUGCCCAGCCUCGCCAAUAAUUGAAAAAAUUGAAGUAGCUGGUGCAGGUUUUGUCAACAUAUUUCUGAAUAAGAAUUAUGCAGUGGACGCUUUAACAAACCUGCUGCGCAAUGGUCUGAAGCCACCAGCUGUGCCUAAAAGACGUGUCCUCGUUGACUUUUCGUCGCCAAACAUCGCAAAGCAAAUGCAUGUUGGACAUUUGCGUUCUACCAUUAUUGGUGAGUCCAUUUGCCGCCUGCUUGAGUUCUUGCAGCAUGAUGUUAUACGCAUAAAUCAUCUGGGAGAUUGGGGCACGCAAUUUGGUAUGCUUAUUGCACACUUAGAAGAUCGCUUUCCCAACUUUUUGAAUGAGAGCCCGCCUAUUGGCGAUCUGCAGGCAUUUUACAAGGAAUCUAAAAAACGCUUUGACGAGGAUGAAGCCUUUAAGAAGCGUGCUUACAAUCGCGUUGUUACGCUGCAAAGCGGUGAUCCCAAUUCAAUCAAGGCUUGGACACUUAUUUGUGAUGUUUCGAGGCAGGAGUUUCAAAAGAUUUAUGAUCGUUUAAAUGUCACACUCAAGGAACGCGGCGAAUCCUUUUACCAAUCGCGCAUGUUGUCUGUGGUCGAUUUGUUGCGUAGCAAACAGCUGUUGGAAUUGGAUGAAGGCCGAGAGAUUAUGUGGCAGGAUAGUGAGAAAACCGGCAUACCGUUAACAAUCAUCAAGUCUGAUGGUGGCUUUACCUAUGACACUUCAGAUAUGGCGGCCAUAAGACAUCGUAUUGAAGAGGAGCAGGCUAAUUGGUUGAUUUAUGUUGUGGACUCUGGUCAAAGUACGCACUUCAAUUCCAUUUUUAAGGCAGCCGAACGUUGUGGUAUUGUCGACCCGUCACUGCAUCGUGUCGAUCACGUGCAGUUUGGUGUGGUGCUGGGCGAGGAUGGCAAGAAAUUUAAGACACGUUCGGGCGACACCGUCAAGCUGUCCGACUUGCUCGACGAGGGCAUGAAGCAAUCGCUGCAAAAACUACAGGCCAGAGGCCGUGACCAAGUGCUAACACCCGAAGAGCUGCUCAACGCACAAGAAGCCGUAGCAUAUGGUUGCAUUAAAUACACAGAUCUGUGUCAUAAUCGCAUAAGUGACUACGUGUUCUCCUUUGAAAAGAUGCUGGACGAUCGUGGAAAUACUGCCGUAUAUUUGUUGUACACCUACACACGUAUUGCCUCUAUAGCUCGCAACUCUGGUACAGAUUUUAGUAACUUGAGUGAUGUCCUGAAUACACACGCUCUUGCAUUGGACCAUGAAAAGGAAUGGAAGCUAGCCAAAACACUGCUUAAGGUGCACGAUGUGCUCGUGAAGUGUGCCAAUGGACUCUAUCUGCAUUUCCUUUGUGAGUUCUGCUAUGAAAUCUGCAUUGUAUUUACAGAAUUCUAUGACAGUUGCUAUUGUAUUGAGAAGAACAAGGCUGGCGAAAUUGUUAAAAUUAAUCACAGCCGUAUUUUACUGUGCGAGGCAACAGCCACAGUUUUGCGCAGCUGCUUUAAUAUUUUGGGCUUGAAGCCAGUUACAAAAAUGUGAAAUGGAUUAACUUUCUCAGGAUAUUUGUAAAGAUUAACAAGCAAAUAUAAUCAUAAAUGAGAUUUAUAAAAACAGUUUUAUAUUU